GCUGAAAAACAAACAGAUAAAUAUAAGCCUGAAGGAUGAUAUAGGACUUGUCCAAAAUCGGAAGGAGGCAUUGUCUGAACUAGAGGUAAUGACAAAAGAAACAACAAAAGCUGCCUUGUCUAAAUUAGAAGAAGCAUGGAAAUGGGCUAGAAAGGACGUUAUAGAAAGCACCAAAGCUGCCUUGUCAGAAUUAGCAGAAGGUCAUCUACCGAAAGAAAUUCUGAAUAUGGACAGGAAGUCAAUAGAUUUAUACAAGAAAGCGUUACAAGAUGGAAAGAUUUCCGUUCACAAUAUCCGUGUAAUGGUAGUUGGUCAAUAUGAUGUUGGGAAAACAACGUUAACGAAACGUCUCUUAGGGGAGCCAGUUGAUAUUACAAAACGAGCCAGUACAAAUGGCAUAGACGUUCAUGUUGAUAGAUGCAAGAUCUCUCUCAAAGAUGGGACAUGGAGUUUGACAAAAUCUGAUAAUACUCGAAAGGCGAUAUUCCACCAGCUGGCAAAGCUAUUUAAUAAGGAUGGCAAGCAAGCAGAGGCUCAGUCGGAGAUGAAUGCAACGUCAGAUACAGGGAACGUUUUAGACGAUUCUAGUUUAGAUGUCGAUAAGGCGCAUGAACAAACAACAUCUGCUGAACAUCCAGUUGCCGAAAUAGAAGACAGAGCAGAAACAGAAAUUUAUUCUAGAAUUCAAACAGCAUCAGUGAGCAGAGUUUCUCAUCUUCAAUCUGCCAGAAAAAAUGACGAAUUAGUGUAUGAGAAGUAUGCACAGAGCAUGAGGCAUUUGAAGAAAUUCAUAGAAAAUGUACAAAUUGGCGAAGAACAUUUGGAAGCAUCCGACCUGUCUUUGUGGGACUUUGCCGGACAGAAUGUGUUUUAUGCAACACACCAGGUGUUCUUCUCUCGCCGAGCUAUCUACCUGCUUGUGACAAAUAUUUCCAAGCACAUUGAUGAAACAGUUGAUGACGAUCCUUGGCAUGCCGAUUGCAGCGGAGAGACAAAGUGCAAAGUUUCAGAAUAUAUUGACUUCUGGCUGAAUUCGAUACAUGAGUUUUGUAGUUAUCAAGGAGAAAAUGGACCUCCUGUUGUUCUGGUUGGCACUUUUGCAGAUCAGUUAAAAAGGGACAUCUCUCCAGAUGACGCUUGCAUUUCAUUGAGAGAAUUCAUGUUUGACAAGGCAGCAAGUUGUCAUUUAACCACAGAGAACUUUAUAAUAGACAACACUGUUGAAGAUGAAAACAUUCAGUCUCUUAGGAAACAUAUCUUUGAAGAAGCUUCAAAACAGGCCUACUGGGGAGAGAAUAUCCCAGCAAAAUGGGUCACAUUGGAAGACGUCCUAAUAGGAAUCAAUGAGGAAAACAUAAAGGUACUACACAAAGACAAACUGAAGGAACUGAAUAUGACAUUGCCUGCACCUAUUGAAACUGACGAGGAACUUGAACUAUUCUUGCAGUUUCAUCAUGAAAUAGGAAACAUCAUAUAUUUCAGCAAAGAGGACGUGACAAAUUACAUCCUUCUAGAUCCACAAUGGUUAAUUGAUGCCUUUAAGAGUGUGAUCACUGCCAAAUCAUUCUGCAUAAACCGGACAAAUAUAAAGAAAGAGUGGAUGGAGUUCGAGCGAACAGCUGUUUUAAAACAAGAAUUAAUUGAUGCCGUUUGGGAAAAACGGGAAAACAGCGACUUCAAAAAGUACAAAGACCUGUUACUAACUUACAUGGUAAUUCUAGGAUUGGUGGCUAGACCAGUACAACAGGAGGAGCACUCAGUGAAGGGCGAAGACUGGUAUUUUGUCCCAUGCAUGCUAAAAGAGCCUGCCCCAAAGGAAAUAACCUCUUAUUGUGAUUCUCUUCACCGUAAGUCUACAAGUAAACUCUGCUAUACGACAGCGGUAGAGCCCGAGAGAAGAUUUUAUCCAGCCACAAUAUUCAACAAACUACUUGCUGCAUGUCUACAAAAAUGGCCGUUGUCAGACCCAAACAGAAAACCCAUGAUUUUCUGUGGAGGCGCUGUUUUCAAAUUGAAAGAGAAUCACUUUCUCUAUAUUUUCUUCUUCGAGCAUGUGAUACAGAUCUGGAUAUCUCGCCUAAGUUCGGAUGGACAGUUUCCAGAUAUAUCACUGUGUACUGAAACAAAAGACAGCUUCAAAUAUAUAUUUGAAAAAAACACCAGAAUGCACAGUAAAAUCAUACCGUUUGUAAAAUGUCAAACGGCUACUCUUUACUCAAACGAGAACAUGUUUGAACUUGAACACACGGAAGAUUUUACUACAAAGGAAGUUGUUUGCUAUUGCCAGGACAACGAACAUGUCAUUCGGUAUCGUGAUCUUGCGAAAUAUUGGUUACAUGAUCAAGAUUUAAAUCACUCGUUAGAAUUUCAAAGCGAUCAUACCAGUCUCACUGAAAAGGACUUCAGUAAAAUUGCAAGUAGGAUCGGCGAGGAAUACGUACAACUUGGAUGGGAAUUAGGACUUACAAAGGCCAAUCUUGAUCAGAUAAAAUUAGAUAAUGCCACUACACGAGACAGAAUAGUAGCAAUGCUCUGCGAAUGGAAGGAACGGAUGGCGGAUAAGGCAACAACUUCUGAGUUAAGACGGGCGCUGUCUUGUAUUGGUAAAGAUCCUUCAACAGUUCUUUGAUAACUUGGUCAUGCACUUAUGUUUUUGGAAAUUAGAACAGUCUAGCCGAUAUGCGUUGGUGGAUCAAUAUAAAUUGUGUAUUAUGACACCAUCUUUGUUGUUCCACUGCAAUCUUAUUAUAUUGGUGCCAUGAAAAUAAAAGCAUAAUGCUGAAAUACUUAACUAUACACAAAUUUAUCUGAUAUAAGAAUGAUUUCACAUUUACCCAAAUACAGGGUAAAGGAAGCUAUAGUUGCAGUGUAAAUUUUAAAUGUAUGUCCUUAUACUAAUUUUAGGUUGUCAGUGCUCAAAGUAUGAAUUGUGGUAACGUAGUUAACCUCUUUCAUUAAAUACUUUGGGUUCUUAUGUUAUAGAUAUCUGGUACGACACAAUUUCCGCAUAACGGUGGCUGUUUAUAUGCGAAAAUGCUCGUUUUUCACAUGACAACGUAUGUAAACAGUCGUUGUCAGUCUACAGUAUUGGCCUCUGAAAUUAUCCACCUUUGGGCAAACGUUUCAUUCAUAGAAACUGAAUACGCGUGCUUAGAGUUUGUUACAAAACAAUUUGUUUGAUUUGAUUUCAUGCAGUAUUUUAAAUUGACUCCUAGGUAAAAUGUGUGAAGAUAUUUUUAGUAUUUAUUCUAACACGACCAGCAAAUAACCUAUAUACAUGUAGAGCAAAAUCUAUCUCGGGUUAUUCUGCAAUAUACCACUCGCGUGCAAUGACGUCAUCGGAUCCAGGUACGUAGUACGGUCGUAAAAAGUAGUUACCACUUUUUUCUAACAUUUUUGAUACUAGUAUGUCGUGUUAGAAUCGAAAUAAUAAGUUCCCAAGUGUGAUUUAUCGUAGAAUAACCCGAGUUUUUCUUUCUUAUGCUAAACAAUAUAUCACGAAGGCCUACGGCCUUCGUGAUAUAUUCUUACGCAUAAGAACUCAAAACUCGGGUUAUUCUACGAUAAACCACGUUUGGGAACUUAUUAUUUCUUAAAUAAUUAUCUGAUAUAGCAUAUUCUCUUUUUACACGAAAAACGUCCCAAGUUAAGUUUCGAAGAAUUCGCAACAAAACUGCUUUACACAAUUUAACUAAUACUGUAUAAACUUUAGGAAAGAUUAUGCCAUAUUUGUUAAUCCUAGCCGCAUGAAGUAUGAUUGUCAUACGUACUGUAUAAUUGUUUUCAUGUAUAACUCAUAAUAAUUUUGAUGAUAUUGUAUAUACUUUUCCUAGAUAUGCGAAAGCAUUAUUAGUAUUAUAAAAGUUUACGUUUUGGUCAAGUUUCAUUUGUUAAAUUUUAUUUACAUGUAUUCAUAUGUUUUUAUGUUUUUGUGUUGAAACAUUUUUCCAAAUAUGUUUCCAACUUUUCGCAGCCCUAGAUAUUUUAUAUACGACAGAUUUGUAAAAUAGUUCGAUUUAUCUUUUUUAGCUCACCUGUCACAAAGUGACAAGGUGAGCUUUUGUGAUUGUGUGGCGUCCGUCGUCCGUGCGUGCGUGCGUGCGUCCGUCCGUGCCCGCGAAAUGAUGGUUAAGUGACUUCAUAACGGUACUUUCUCUUUGAUGACAUUCAUUCCGUUCUGUUUAUGUGACUUUUUUCUUUUUAUGUGACUGAUAGAAUAAUAGAGAGAACAAUAGGGGUGUCACAUAAAUACCGUUUCGUUAGAACGUCCGUCCGUCCGUCCGUAAACUUUUGCUUGUGACCAUUUUAGAGGUCACAUUUUUCAUGGGAUCUUUAUGAAAGUUGGUCAGAAUGUUUAUCUUGAUGAUAUCUAGGUCAAGUUCGAAACUGGGUUACGUGCGGUCCAAAACUAGGUCAGUAGGUCUAAAAAUAGAAAAACAUUGUGACCUCUCUAGAGGCCAUACUUUUCAAUGGAUCUUCAUGAAAAUUGGUCAGAAUGUUUACCUUGAUAAUAUCUAGCUUACGUGCCCUCAAAAACUAGGUCAAUAGGUCAAAUAACUUAAAAACACUGUGACCUCUCUAGAGGCCAUAUUUUUCAAGAGAUCUGUACGAAUGUUGGUUUGAAUGUUUAUCUUGAUGAUAUCUAGGUCAAGUUUGAAACUGGGUCAACUGCGAUCAAAAACUAGGUCAGUAGGUGUAAGAAUAGAAAAACGUUGUGACCUCUCUAUAGGCCAUACUUUUCAAUGGAUCUUCAUGAAAAUUAGUCAGAAUAUUCACCUUGAUGAUAUCUAGGUCAAGUUUAAAACUGGGUUACAUGCCAUUAAAAACUAGGUCAGUAGGUCAAAUAAUAGAAAAAUCUUGUGACCUCUCUAGAGGCCAUAUUUUUCAUGGAAUCUGUAUGAACGUUGGUCUGAAUGUUCACCUUGAUGAUAUCUAGGUGAAGUUCGGAACUGGGUCAACUGCGGUCAAAAACUAGGUCAGUAGGUUUAAAAAUAGAAAAAGUUUUGACCUCUCUACAGGCCAUACUUUUCAAUGGAUUUUCAUUAAAAUUAGUCAGAAUGUUCCCUUGAUCUAGGUCAAGUUCGAAACUGGAUCACGUGCUAUCAAAAACUAGGUCAGUAGGUCAAUAAUAAAAAAACAUUGUGACCUCUCUAGAGGCCAUAUUUUUCAUGGGAUCUGUAUGAAAGUUGGUCUGAAUGUUUAUCUUGAUGAUAUCUAGGUGAAGUUCGAAACUGGGUCAACUGCGGUCAAAAACUAGUCAGUAGGUCAUGAAAUAGGAAAACCUUUUGACCGCUCUGGAGGCCAUAUUUUUCAAUGGAUCUUCAUGAAAAUUUGUCUGAAUGUUAACCUUGAUGAUAUCUAGAUAAAGUUUGAAACUGGGUCACGUGUGGUCAAAGCAAGGUCAGUAGGUAUAAAAAUAGGAAAACCUUCUGACCUCUCUAGAGGCCAUACUCUUCAUGAGAUCUUCAUGAAAAUUGGUGAGAAUGUUUACCUUGAUAAUAUCUAGGUCAGGUUCAAAACUGGGUCAUGUGCCUUCAAAAACUAGGUCAUUAUGUCAAAUAAUAGAAAAACCUUGUGACCUCUCUAGAAGCCAUAUUUUUCAAUGGAUCUUCAUGAAAAUUGGGUCAUGUGGGGACAGGUGAGCGAUUCAGGACCAUCAUGGUCCUCUUGUUUCAAGAACUUCCUGCCAAUGUAAUAUCGAAAGUAUACAAAUUUGUUUUGAUAUUAUUCAUUGGUUUAAAUCUGUACAAUCGCCAGUUGUACUUGUUUUGAUUUACGAUCCGAAGUUCAAUGGAUUGUGCAGUAGCAUUGUCACGUCGAUGGGUAUCAACGGUUAGUGAUGUUUGCUAGCAUUGGGUUAGCGCAUCUGUUCUCCUCUCGGUCGACGGAUUUUUUUGAAACUUUUAACGGCUCUUCACCGUGAGACCCUUGUUUAGUCAUUCUCCCAAUAUUAAUAUACAUUUUUUAAUUCAAUAUGGUUACAUGACUAUUGUAUGUAUGUUUAGCUGUAGUAUUCUGAUUAAAUGAUAAUUGUAUUUAUGUUUAGCUGUAGUACCAGAUAAUAUAUAACUGUUGUUAUGAUUAUCAGAGCACAUCAAUGUUAAGGUUUAUCAGUAUAUCACAAAACAACAGAAAUUAUUAGUAAACGAACAACAUCUUGAUAAACAACUUAUCUGUCCAAUACAUGCUUUACUGUUUUGUCACGUAGAAUUGGAUACUUAAACUAUUCUAAAGGAGUUGCCUCCCUUAAAAAGAUGAAUGUCAUUUGUUAAUAAAUAAAUGAAAGCAGUUGUCAAACUAGCUAUGUUAUGUUUAAACACUUGUACAUUGUUGCAAAUGCAUCAAAAAGAAUACAUGUAACAGCCUUUUAAAAAUGGUGAGUUUCUAAAGGUGCUGAACUUUCCAGAAGUGUGACCACUCCAUACGGUCUUAUUCUGGAAUUCAAUACAUGUAUGAGUUUAUUGACAAUGGUUUUGUAGACAAUAUGCAAGUUUUAGAUGCUGUUU